UUAUACCUGGUCGGGAAAUAAAGUAUUUCGACAAAACGGUCUUAUUGUUUAAAAAUAUAGUAAUCACGUGAUCAAAGUAAGUGCAAAAAAAAUUUACCGAUUGAAGAAAGUCUUCAGUUUUAUUCACUUCUCUUAAUUCUAAAAGCUUGCCAUUCAAUUAAUUUUAAUAUUAAUUUUGUUCAAGCUGUUUAAAUAAUUAAGUUAAAAUUAUUUUAUAACUUUUUUGAGUUAAAAAUGCCUGGAGCAAAUUGUGCUUUUCCUGAAUGUGGAAUUACAAGAAACUCUAAACACCAAGGUAUUGGAAUAUUUCAACUUCCAAAUCGGCCAGAUGAUUUUCAUCAACAAUGGAGAAAAAAUAUACUAAACAUUUUGUCAAAAUGUAGACAUUUUGACAAGCAUUUCAAAGAGCGCAUUGCAAAUGGAAAUAUCUUUCUUUGUGAACUUCAUUUUGAGCCAACAGAUAUUGAGUUUACAAAAACUGGUCGAAAAACGUUAAAGCUUGGGGCAAUACCAUUGCUCAACAUUCCUAAGAAAUCUCAUGAAACUGUUAAAGCUCCUGAAAGAAGGCAUAUAUCUAUUGUUAAAGAUAUUUUGACUACAGAAGAAAAACAUACAGACAAAUACAAAAACUUUAGUGAACUUACUAACAUAGUAAAGAAGCUUAAACUCAAUUGGUUUAUAUCAUAGAAGUUGUUGUUGGAUGUAGUCUAGAAUUUUUUGUUAUUGUUUAUGGAUGGACAUUGCCUGAUGACCAUCACUUGUAUAAAGAAUUUUUACGAUCAGUUCGUCAUGUUAAAAUAUCAAAAUUGUUAAAUAAAGUUCAAUCUUUACAGAUGUGUACUGGCAUAACAUAUGACUUGGUAGAUUGCGAUAAAGAUGGAAAUCUAAUAAAUCAUUCUAUUCCUCAUAAAUUUGACCUUAACAAUGAGAAAAAAGUACCAUUUAAAGCUAGUCAAUAUAAACGUCACAAAGAUUGUUUUGUUAUUGGCUCUGAUUGUGAAAAGUGUGUAAAAUGUUUAAAUUUUGAAAUUAAUUUUAUUAAAUGUAAAGUUAGUACUUCAAAAAAAAUUGAUCAACCAGCUCAUUUGAAUGCCCCAUUAUCUGUCACACAUCCAAAUUGUGUAAAGUUAGCACUCGUUGAAGAGCGUUCUAAAAAUAAAAAACUUUUGCAGAAUAUUGAAAGAAUGCAAAAUGAAAUACAGGCUAAAGGUAUUCAAGUCAGCACUUGUUUAAGUUCUGAUCUUGAUAUUAUAAUUAGUAAAAACCAAAAAAACAUGACACCAUUUAUGAAACUUUUUUGGGAAGAACAGAAUCGUUUAUUAACUAGCAAAGUUCCUAGAUAUCAUCCAAUGAUAAUUCGAUUUUGUCUUUCUCUUGCAUCUAAAUCAGCCUCAGCAUAUGAUGAACUUAGAGAUGCUAAAAUUUUAACACUUCCAAGUAGGCGGACACUACGCGAUUAUAAGAAUGCUAUUCGAUCAUCUGUAGGAUUUAACCCAGCAGUGAUUGCUGAAUUAAAAGAAAAUACAAAAGACCUCUCUGAUAUUCAGCGAAAUGUUGUACUUUCUUUUGAUGAAAUACGCAUUCAAGACAAUUUAGUAUUUGACAAGUCAUCAGGUGAGCUCGUUGGAUACGUUGAUCUUGGAGACCCUGAAAUAAACUUUUCGACCUUUACUGAUGUAAAUGAUUUAGCCAGUCACUGUCUAGUAUAUUAUAUACGUGGAAUUGCAUGCGAUCUCAAAUUUUGUCUUGCAUAUUUUGCUACUAAUGGUGUAACAGCUAUGCAAAUAAUGCCAACAUUUUGGAAAGCUGUCUCUAUAUUAGAACUUUGUUGUAACUUGAAAGUAAUUGUUGCAGUUUCAGAUGGUGCCUCACCAAAUCGAUCAUUUUAUAAAAUGCAUCGUGGAUUAGACAAUCUAGAUGACUCAGAUGUUGUGUAUCGCACAACCUUAUGGAAGACGAAAUGAUAAUCCAACUUUAAUUCAGUUUGGCUAUCAAUCCAACACCUUGCAUAUGCAACGUUCUAUUGCACCAGUUACAGGGAAUACAAAAGGAAGUUUUAAGCAAAAACGUAGAGUUUCUUGGAAAUUUGUUGAUAAUGCUCCUUUAAAAAAACGAUCUACAAAGAAGUAAUUUACAAUCUUUUGUGUUUUUACUCGCUCAUAGGAUAGAGGUAUGUAUAUUUAUGUUCUGUUUGUACCUCUGGCACGGUGUUAGCUCAAAUGUAAGUUGUUUUAUGUAUAUUUGUGUUCUGUGUAGACCUCUGGCGCGGUGUUCAUUCACUCGUAAGUCGAUUUUUUUAUGUUUGUGUUCUGUGUAGACCUCUGGCGCGGUGUUGAUUCACUCGUAAGUCGAUUUUUUAUGUUUGUGUUCUGUGUAGACCUCUGGCGCGGUGUUGAUUCACUCGUAAGUCGAUUUUUUUUAUGUUUGUGUUCUGUGUAGACCUCUGGCACGGUGUUGGCUCACCUGUAAGUCGCUUUAUAUUUGCUAUGUUAUUGUUGUGUUAUCAUUGUUAUGUUAUUGUUGUGUCUGUUUUUGUUUUGUUUGAACCUCUGAUGCAGUGUUGCUUUACUCAUAAGUUGUUUUAUGUUUGUUUGUGUUCUGUUUUAAGCUCUGGCACCGUGUUGGCUCAUCCGUAAGUUGUUAUAUGUAUAUUUCCUGUGUUAUUGUUGUGUGUAAUCAUUGUUAUGUUAUUGUUGUGGUGUUUUGUGUU